GCCCGGUUUUAGCAACGAGUAACCGGCCUAACAUAUUCCCUGUCGAAAUCACAAUCAAAGAGCUUGGACUCAAGUUCUAUGAGGGCGUUAGAAUUUUAGCUGUUCAAUAAGCAUCCAAAUUUUAGCAGGAAUAUUCGCUUGCUUAUACAUUUGGGCGUCCUUUCUUUGGUUGUAAAUUUCAAUUUCACCUCAGCCGGAUUCUAUCUUCUUUUCCAUUUCUUUUUUAUACAUUUUUUGGCGCUUUAGACAGACAAGUAGUAAAACAGCUCAAUUCAAGUCCGGACAAGUGAGAGUUUUCUAUUGUUGUUUACCGUCCCAGGAAUUCAAUCUCUUUGUAACAAGGGGUCCAGCAUUAAUUUAGUUUCAUUUGAGUUGAUUAAUCCUUGAUAACUCUGUUUUAUGUUAAUUUUGCUUGUUUGUUUGCCAGAUGUGUUCUAAGAAGACUAGUUCACUUAGUCUCUUGCUUGUGCAUUUCUUUAAUUAUGAUAUCAAUUUGGGAUACAGCUGUCUUAAAAGCAAACACAACCACCAGUUUUCUGCCAAUCCUUUUCUUGACAUCUGAACUUGAAUACACAAUAAUUCUGUGAAAUUUCCUCGCACCUUCUUGCUGCUCUCUUUCUCACUCUCUCUCUCUGCAUAUAUAUAUAUAUAUAUAUCACAAAUUUUGCUUGUCAGAUUAAGAGGGAUAAAGGGAAGAAGAAGGAGAGGAAAAAGCUCAGUUGUCUACUUACGAGCCAGCCCUAUAGCAGCAUUAUGUUGUGAAAGCAGGAUUCCUCAUCCAGUCUUUGACACCAUGAAUGAGUUGAAGAUGAAAAAGUUUUUGGUUGGGAAAUUAUUUCCUCACACAAAAUUACUCGUCUUUGCUGCUCUUUAAUCUUUGCUUUGCUGAGUUUCCAGCUUUGGUUGAUGCCUCUAUAGAUGUCUUCACCACCAGAUAGUAAUAACGGGCCAACUGCUGCUGCUAUCAUAGUGCCAGUGCUAGUACUUGUAGGCAUUGGCGUGAUCUCAUGUUUUUGUGCCAAGAUUGCAAGAAGAGCCAUUGUUUCAGAACUGAGAGCAGCUGUUGCUCAGCCAGCCCCAGGUUAUGUGGUUCAAGCCCCGGGUCAUGUGGUUCAUGUGUGGGAAGUUGAUGCUCCUACAAUGGAGAGGAUCCUCGAAGACCUGGCAAAGGAGAAACCGAUCAGAUUCACAGCCCAAGAACUGUGUACCUUCACUUCCAAUUACUCCACAAGGUUGGGUUCUGGAGGCUUUGGCAUUGUCUAUAAAGGACAGUUCCCUAAUGGGGUUAAGAUUGCAGUAAAAGUCCUCAACAGGAACUCAGAUGGAAGAGCUGAGGAGCAAUUCAUGGCUGAGGUGACCACCAUUGGAAGAACAUACCAUAGAAAUCUAGUCAGGCUUUAUGGUUUUUGCUUUGAUCAAUUCAUGAGUGCACUAGUCUACGAGUACAUGGAGAAUGGAUCAUUGGACAAGUACCUGUUCAGCGAUAUGCAAGCAAUCGAGGAGUGGGAAAAGCUGCGUGAAAUUGCAAUCGGAACAGCAAAAGGCAUCGCCUACCUGCACGAAGAGUGCCAGCAGCGCAUCAUUCACUAUGAUAUAAAGCCUGGAAAUGUCCUCCUAGACGAAAAGUUUACCCCCAAGGUCGCUGAUUUUGGCCUGGCAAAGCUUUGUAACAGAGACAGUACCCAUGUAUCUGUGUCUGGGUAUCGAGGGACUCCCGGCUACUCAGCACCUGAAUUUCAGCUCAGGAACUUCCCUAUAACGCAUAAAUGCGAUGUCUACAGCUUCGGAAUGCUGUUGUUCGAGAUAAUAGGGAGGAGGAGGAAUGCCCGAAUACGUUCCACGGACAGUUUGGAUUGGUUUCCAAAACAAGUGUGGGAAGAGUACGAGAAAGGAGAGUUGGCUACAAUGUUGUCAGGGUGUUGGAAUGAGGAGAAUGAUAGGGUGCAAGUGGAGAAGGCGGCUAUGGUGGCUCUGUGGUGCGUUCAGGACUCGCCGGAGGAUAGGCCGCCAAUGAGCGCGGUGGUGAAAAUGCUGGAAGGCGGAGUGGAGGUGAUGCCACCUCCAAAGCCAUUCCAUUACUUGUUAUCUAUUUCCGUGAUUAGGCCUGAUGCGCCCUCUAAUGGCAGUAACAGUUCAGACAUUUCUACUUCGACCAGCUGUGGAACGAAUUCGCGUUGGUACAAGGACACGCCCAUCAUGGCUAAGUACGAGAUUCAAAUGGCCAGUAUCACAACCACCUCCUAAAAAUAGAAAAAUGAUGUGUAACAGCCUCUCUUGUUUUUACCCUUAAAUAAUAUACGUGAUUUUAUCUCAAAAAUUGUUUGUCCAA